AUGAUAUUGAGAAGCCCAAACAGUCACCUACAGAACAAGAUGGUAACUUGGUGGAGGAGAGGGUCAUUCUCAUCCUGGAUGCUUCUUUUGGUGCUGUUUGCUUUCAGGGAAACACAAGCUGUCUACCGCAGGAAUGAACUUAAGUACACUGCAGUGGGUACAUGCUACUCUCUCUUGGACCUCACUGGCAUUGCCAUUAUUCAUGACAUUCAGUGGCUUUCUUAUCACAAAAUGAACGAGCAGGCUACAGUCAAGGCAGACUGGAUCUCUGAUGCCCUGGGGACCAACUUCAUUGAGGAGAUGUGUCAUUCAAUACAGAGCCAUGAGGGGGAUGCCCUAUGGUUGAUCCAAUUCCUGACAGUUAAUGACACUAAGCCUGAGAGGAAUCACAUGCUGCAGCUCUUUCUAGGCUGUGAAUUAGAUGAUGGCAUCCAAUUGAAUAGCGAGGUACGACUUAGCUUGGAUGGAGAGAAUGUGAUGGAGAUAGAUGAUCAUCAAGGACGUGGGGUGUUCUCACAUCCGAAGGCCCAUGUCUUAAAAUCUGUUGCAGAAAGGCCCUUCUGGACCAUGAGAAAACACUACAUUAAGAAACAUUGUGUUGGUGUAGUUCAGAACAUCCUUCGGAAUUCAAGCAUGAAGGAAAAUUUUCCUGGAAAGCCCCCUAAGAAAAAGCUUUGGGUCAUGGUCAUGAGCAUCCUAGUAGUCUUCAUCCUGGGGCUGAGCUGCAUUAACAUUUUCAUUACAUGGAAGAAGGAGACAGGAGACUGCACUGGGAGGGACAUGCAAAACUUUGCCAUUAAAUUACAAGAAGUGCUAUGUACUCAUAGUUCAGUAGACAACGGGAAAAUCAAGACCCAUCAGAAGUAG